UUCUGGGCGCGCACCCUCUCGCUCAGUCCCCGCGCUGCGGACCUGCUAGGGCCGGCGCCGCCACGCACGCCACCCCUGCGCCCGGCAGCACCGGCCCGGCUCCCGGCCCUUGCUCUACUGGCCUCCUGCCCCGGGUCCGGCCGCCAACGCCCUGACCGCACCGCACGGGACGCCGCCCCGCGCCACCGCCGUCUUUCGACCCCGCGCCCGCCCCGCCGUCGCCCCCCACCAUGGGGCUCUUGCCCAGGCUUGGUGCGCGACGGGGCAGCGGCGCCUCCUCCGGCCCAGCCGGCCGCUGUCCCCGCUCUAUCUUCAGCAACAUUAAGGUGUUCGUGCUCUGCCAUGGGCUCCUGCAGCUGUGCCAGCUCCUGUACAGUGCCUACUUCAAGAGCAGCCUCACCACCAUCGAGAAGCGCUUUGGCCUCUCCAGUUCUUCCUCGGGUCUCAUUUCCAGCUUGAAUGAGACCAGCAACGCCAUCCUCAUCAUCUUCGUCAGCUACUUCGGCAGCCGGGUGCACCGUCCGCGGCUGAUUGGCAUCGGGGGUCUCCUGCUGGCUUCGGGCGCCUUCGUCCUCACCCUCCCACACUUCCUGUCAAAGCCCUACCGGUACACCGUGGCCAGCGUCGGGAACAGCAGCCUCUUCCAAACUGAGCUCUGCCCACAGCGCUGGCAGGACCUGUCCCCCAGUAAGUGCCGCAGCAGCACCCAGGACACCCGGAAGGAGACCAACAGCAUGUGGGGCCUCAUGGUGGUCGCCCAGCUGCUGGCGGGCAUCGGGACGGUGCCCAUUCAGCCGUUCGGGAUCUCCUACGUGGACGACUUCUCGGAGCCCAACAACUCGCCAUUGUACAUCUCCAUCUUAUUUGCCAUCUCUGUAUUUGGACCGGCUUUUGGGUACCUGCUGGGCUCCGUCAUGCUACGGAUCUUUGUGGACUAUGGCAGGGUGGACCCAGCCUCAGUUAACUUGAGCCCCGGAGACCCCCGAUGGAUUGGAGCCUGGUGGCUGGGCCUGCUCAUUUCCUCAGGCUUCUUGGUCCUCACCUCCUUCCCCUUUUUCUUCUUUCCUCGUGCAAUGCCCAGAGGAGCGGAGCGGUCUCCUGCCAUAGCGGACGAGGCGAGCAAGAUGAAGGUCAAGCCAGGAGGCUCCCUGGUGGAUUUCAUUAAACGCUUUCCCCGCAUCUUCCUGAAGCUCCUAAUGAACCCACUCUUCAUGCUGGUGGUCCUGACUCAGUGUACCUUCUCCUCCGUCAUCGCCGGCCUCUCCACGUUCCUCAACAAGUUCCUGGAGAAGCAGUAUGGCGCCUCUGCGGCCUAUGCCAACUUCCUUAUCGGUGCUGUGAACCUCCCCGCUGCAGCCUUGGGGAUGCUGUUUGGAGGAAUCCUCAUGAAGCGUUUUGUUUUCUCUCUGCAAACCAUCCCCCGUGUGGCUGCCAUCAUCAUGACCAUCUCCAUCAUCUUUUGUAUCCCUCUCUUCUUCAUGGGGUGCCCCACCCCGGUCGUGGCGGAGGUCUAUCCCCCCAGCACAUCAAGUUCUAUAUACCCGCAGCCGCCUGCUUGCCGCAGGGACUGCUCGUGCCCAGACUCCAUCUUCCACCCGGUCUGCGGAGACAACAGUGUAGAGUACCUCUCCCCGUGCCACGCGGGCUGCAGCCUCGUCAACCUCAGCACCAUAGCCUCCAAGCAGCAGAUCUACCUGAACUGCAGCUGCGUGACUGGGGGGUCUGCUUCGGCGAAGACAGGAUCGUGCCCCAUCCCCUGCGCCGACUACCUGCUCCCGACCAUCUUCCUCAUCUCCUUCGUGGCCCUCAUCGCCUGCAUCUCCCACAACCCCCUCUACAUGAUGGUUCUGCGUGUGGUGAACCAGGAAGAAAAGUCAUUUGCCAUUGGGGUACAGUUCUUGCUGAUGCGCCUGCUGGCCUGGCUGCCCUCUCCAGCCCUGUACGGCCUCACCAUUGACUACUCCUGCAUCCGGUGGAACUCGCAGUGCUCCGGCCAGGAAGGAGCCUGCGUCUACUACAACAACGAUGCUCUCCGAGACAGGUACCUGGGCCUGCAGGUAGGCUACAAGGUGCUGGGCACGCUGCUGCUCUUCUUCAUCAGCUGGCGGGUGAAGAAGAACAAGGAGUACAAUGUGCAGGAGAAGGCUGCAGGCCUCAUCUGACCCCUGACCCUUGACCCUUGGCCCGGCACCCUCUGGCUUCAAAGUGUGGACUACCCUUCCACACGUGUCUGUAUAUACUAAUGUCAAUAUGUCAUUUCCUUUUUGUUUUUUUAAAUAAGAAAACAACCCCGGUCACCAUUUGCCUUCCCUGCCUCCUCCCAAAGGCCCCUUCUCAGGGUUCCUUAGGGCCGCUGCGCUCCUGGGCUGGGUGGGCACAGCUGUGGGGCUGGGUCUUCCCUGGCUCCUUGGGAGGGAGCCCCACAUGCCUGCACUCUCCUCGGUGCUGGGUCCUCCAGUGAGGACACCCCCUUAGCUAGCCCCUGCCCUGACCAGUCCUGUAGGGGGUGGUCUCCUGAGCAGAGAGAGAAAAGGGGUAUCUGUCCAGAGAGAGAAGGGAGUGGGUUGAGUGGGAUAGAAGCUGGGGGAGCCUGGCUGUAGCCCGCUUCUGUAUCUGAGUUCAGCAUCAGCACGGAACCCAACAGAGUCCAAUUUCCCUCCUCUCUCGUCCUUGCCUCCUGCCCCAAGAGACUAUUUCGUGUUGGGAACUGUGGCCAGCUGGUCCCUCCUAGUUGCCCACACUCAAGCACUGGAGCAGGGACCAAGAAACCCCAAGGACAGUCAUCUAAACACUGCUCAUUCAUUCUAGACCCUUCUGUACAUGCUUGUCUGUCUGGGGGUGUUUCCAAGUAAGAAAGCCACACCGUGGCGGAGACCUGAAGAAGUCUGUGAACUUGCGUGGUGCCCGACCCCUCUCCCCCCACAGUGUGGGGGCAAGACUCCUCGUCUCAAAGGGACGGGAAGGCCCUCUCCAAGUUUCCUUGGGAGCCGAGAAGGCAGCUUCACAUAGCUUCCCCGUCUGGACUUCAGGUGCCACUGAAUAAAGAGAAGCAGCCCAGGAUAGCGGCAAAGCCAGUGACAAAGCCAAGGGAAGGCCACAUGCUACCAAGCUGGAUGGUGAGCUGCAGCCCACAAAAUAGAGGCUGGCAAGGAUGACUUUCCAGGUUUCAAACACUGGUAUUCAGGGACCUUUCCUCAGCCCUGAGAGGUGGCGCCCUCUAUGGGCCUGAGUGGAAAGACACUGCAGCGGGGUGGGAGAGGUGCAGAGUUAGAAGCCAACAAAGGCCUUUUAUCGAUAAAUAUCUUUACUGGACUUUGUGCAAGGCGGUGCUAGUACACGGUUCUCCACUGAGCUUCACGGAGCUCCCACCUCUCCCCACCUACACUAGGGCCCCCCCUGGACCGAGGGUGCUCCGCGGGCAGUGGGGGAUGGGGAAGGCCAAGCAGAAACCCGGGAAUUGUCAACAGGAUCUUGACCAGCCAUGCCUCCCCCUCAGACUCACCCUGCACCCGGCCCUUUGCCAGACAGAGGCCUGUCUGCACUGUGUCCUCCAGAGCAGCAGGUACUAGCCAUUGUCACGUGCAUCUCCAGUGCCACUGCUCUUGGAAUACCCCUCCAGAGACAUACCAGAAGCCACCCCCAGAAAGGCCAAAAAAUGUAUGGCACUGGCCAAACUGCCAAGAGACUGAACUCUGUGAAAGCCACUGUGACAGUGGCCUUAUUUCCAAAGACCUCACUCAGGGAGGAAGGCUCCACGCAACCUCAGUUUCAGCAUUCAAAAUGGUCCUGCUUGGAAAAUGAUUCCCUGCAACGAACUCUGGUCUUUCUUUCCUGCUGCAGUUUAAGUAAAUUCUGAAGGCACUGCUUUCAGCUAAGCUCAUGAACAGUGAAAGCCAACCUUCAGAUCCUGGAAGAUUGGUUGCCCUCCCAAGCCUUGGUUCUGCUAUGAUAUUGCUAUGAAUAUAUUAUAAUUUUGCUAUUGA